UUCUACCAAAAAAUGCAGCUUGAGUAAUGUAAUAACGAUACUGCUUUGCUGGGUCAUCCUCAGUUAAGCACCGGGUUCCAAGCAUUCUUUUUUGUACGUGAAUGAAUUAUGCAAACACUCCGCGAUACGCACAUAAAGAUGACGUCACGUGGUACCACCUCGUUAGCCAAUCACCGUGCGUUCAAUGUCACCUGUGGCUGACACCAGCGGGUGUGUCUUUUGCAACCCAUAUUCAUUCUAGAGAUUCAACGCGGCUUAGAUUGUUGGCGCUCUUGAUGAUCUUCAAGACUUCUAUUCGAUCACCAGUGAACUUCGAACGUUAAGAGAACAAGAGAGAGAGAGAGAGGUUGGCUUAACAUAAUGGAUGCCACAAGAGCUGUGAGGCGGUCACGUGGACUUGGUAGGAGUGAGCAGGACAAGGAGAACCGAGGAAGACGGGUAGCUUUGAGGAAAGGCGUGGUGACCAACAAAUCCUGCAGUACAAGAACACUGUCUACCUUACAUCGCAGACACUCUGUCGAUGAGGGUCCUCGUGGGCACAUCGGCAGAAGAGAUGGGUCGAAGAUUCCUAUCUUCAAGACUAGGUCAAGAGGUCGACGGCUGGCUAUAGUCGGAAAAUGCAAGAAUGUUGUGAAGAUACAGAAUUUGGCUGCAUCUCCAUCAGAGGAUGAACUUCCCCUGAAGGUACCCACCAAUACGCCCACAGAGGAGGGAGCACCGUCAGCAUGUCAAAUCUCAGAGGACGACAUGAUAUUCCUGAUGCGAAAGGUCACCUUCAACGAUUUCUUUGACGUAUCCAUGGAAACUGAGUCAUCUUUGAUCUCCCAUGAUGGAUACAAGGGUGAUAUUCUGUCUUAUCUGAAGGAAAGAGAAAGUGUUGUUGCUUCGAGGAGUGCAUCGAUCCCACCUACUGUGGAUCCAUUACAUCGUGAAAUACUGGUCGACUGGCUUAUAGAUGUACAAGUUCAUCUCACCCUUGAGAACGCAACUUUGCAUUUAGCCGUCGCCAUGGUUGAUGCCUACCUGCUGAAGCGGUCUAUCUCCUUGCACUAUCUUCAGCUUUUAGGACUUACCUGUCUCUUUAUCGCCUCAAAGUAUGAGGAGGUCUACGUUCCAAAUUUGGAUAUUCUUUCUAUGCUGUGUGCCGAAUGCUACAAAGAGGAAGAAUUUUUGAUAAUGGAACGACGGAUCCUUCGUGCCUUGGAUUUCAAUCUGUUUUUCCCAACAACUGUCGAUUUUUUGACUCUGUUUCUUGCCCCAUCUGAAGUUGACGAUGAACGGCUGGUUUUCAUGUGCAACUAUCUGGUUGAUCUCACCUUAUCGAUUUCCCAUUCCGAGAACUCCUGCCCGUCGAUUUGGGCGGCUGCCGCGAUUUUCUUGGCUCUUACAAUCCGAAAAUCGGAAACCCGUCACAAAUCUGACAACAGCGAUCUCCUAAAGGAUCGAGUGGACGAUCCCGAUGACACGGUGUGGGGUUUAAAACUACAGACGAUGACAGGGUACAGUGAGUUCUACCUGACUGAGCUGGCCAAAGCGCUGGUGGAGAAAGUGCAUGCAACUAAAGUUGCCAAGUAUAAGGCACCGUAUCGGAAAUACAACAUCGAGGGUUUCCAGUUCAUCAGUGAAGAGCUAGCCAAAUGGUGCUCUGCCCCCGUACACUUAGCCGCCCACGACCUCGUGCCUCUUGGUCAAAUAGCUGAGCUCUACUGAACGGAUACUGGCACUCGUAUUCCUUGACCGCGUGAGAUGGACAUGGAUCACCAACAUUACGUGCUCUGUCUCUAAUGAACGGAGACUAGUACCCCUUGAACGCGUGAGCUACAGACUCUGUACACGGCCUCUGCUGAACGGAUAAUAGUGCUCCUUGAAUGCGCGAGAAAGGCCUUCUGCAAUCACCAACAUAUUAAGUAGGGCCUCCUUAAAAUGGCGUGCAUUUCUAGGUCUCUAUAAUUGGGUGGAAACAGGGUUAUAACUGUGAAUGCAGGGAGAUGAAAGUUAAAUGAAAUUGACAUCAGCUUCAAACAUGUUAGCCCUCUCCACCCAUCUCACUGCCCUAUGACAGCUAAAAAUUUGAGAAAAUAAAAUAAAAAAUGUUUGAAAACUGAAGCGUCUUGCCAGAGCAAAGAUUAUAUUUAAAAGUGAUGUAUAUAUUUACUAUAUUUAUAUCUAUAUUUAUAUUUAUUCUAUGAAAUUUAAUGUAUUGUCUAUGUUCAUUGUAAUGUGAUUUCUGCUACUUAUGUCAUGGUAUUUUCAUGGUAAUGAUGUGAAUUGUUAAAUGCAAUAUUAGAAGUACAAGUGUAGAAUGAAAACAAAGUGUUUCGGCUGAAUAUCAUCAGGGUGAAUCUGAUCUAAUUUUAAUGUAAAAACAACUUUAACAAGUAAACAACGUGAAAAAUAUGUGUUCUAGUUGAAAAGUGUUUUAUGGGGUAAUGCUAGACCGUAUACACUGACCCUGAAAGGUAUUAAUAAUGUCAAAUAUGUUUUCCAAUAUUUUGAUGGGUCUUGCUAAGACUAGUUUCGGCAAUCAAAUAAGCAGUCUAUUAUAAUUUUUCAAAAAUUAGAAGUUUUAGAGUGUUCCGUCUACAGAUAACCUCACAAAGCAAGAUAAUGGUCUAGCACAAAACUAAUGUAUUAAGGUCCUAAUGAUUCUAACCUUUGCUGACCUUCUUAAUUCAGCUCCUUGAAGCCCCCCUUCCAAAAAAAAAAAUUCUGCCAAUAUAAGAAAGAAAUAGACCAUUGUCCAGCCAUUGUUAUAUCUACAUUUCAUGUUUUUUCUGCAUAUUUCCCUUUGGAAAACGAGUGUUUUUGGAAAACGAAUGCCCAGAUUAAACGUUUUUACUAAACCCUAGCAGAGUGAUUUUUUUCCUUCCCAUUUGUUUUAAGAAUACAAUCUAGAAAGUUAGGGCACAUUUUUAAAAAUCUCUAUUUAAACU